AUGGGUAAAACAUACUUGUUUUUCCACAUCAGUGGAUUCGUAUUUACAGACAGUACUUAUGUUGGCUCUUCUCUUGUAUAUCAAAUAUGCAAUCCAGAGAAGAACGCCAUCAAAGACUUUGAGAUCACAUAUCAAGAAGCUCAACAUGUUUCAAAAUCAUACCAUUUGACAACAGACGAUCUUCCAAGUGGAAAGCUCAUUAUUAAACUUGUUAGAAAAUCAAUAUUUGACGACGAAUUAAUUGGCACUGUUACUAUUCCUUUCAUUUUGUUGCCAAUGGAUGUUGUAACAUUGAACACAUUACCUCUUAUUAUGGACGAUCCUGAUGUAGGACAAGUUGGCAUCAGAAUUGACCUUCAUUUGACAGAAACACAAGAACCAUACAGAGGAGCUAUUAAAGAUCCAGUAUUAAUGCAAAUGGACUUAUCCCAGUAUUCACAGGAUGUGAAGGAUAAGUACGAAAGAAGAACACUCACCCGUACAACAAGCCAAUCCAAAGUUAAAACGGCCCAAAGAAGAAGAGGUGGCGUUGUUGUUAACUCUAUUUGA